UCUCUACAAAGUUUACUGAAAUCUUGAUCACCGAAAGUUUAAACAUUAUUUUAAUGUGAACAUUUAUUUAAGGUAUACAGUAUUGGAGAUCUUUACGUAUCAAUAACUAACCACUGAUGCCUAACAGUUGUAAUUUAAACUCAAUUGAGAAAUAUUUACAUUUUAUAAUAUAAGGACUGUAGUUCAAUUUCGGCUGGGUAAGUCCCUGGUGACAGUUGUGGAAAAGAUCGCAAAGGAAAAUUUUGACAUUUCAUCGUCAGAGCGAGCUUGUUUUAACAAAAUCACAGGAGUGCGCUUGACGUUUAAUAGAUAAAUGAUAACUUUGAAAAAGUAAGCAGACGACACUUUGAAGAAACAACUUACAAAGGGACGCUGGUCGCUAAAUCUGUUUAACAAUGGGUAAGAAGGAGGAAAAUGGAACUGUUGAUAAAAAAGAAGACAAGGACCCUGAUUUCAAAGAGAGAGAAACUUGGGGAAAUAAAUUUGACUUCUUACUUGCGUGUAUUGGAUUUUCUGUUGGUUUAGGAAACGUUUGGAGAUUUCCAUAUUUGUGUUACAAAAAUGGAGGCGGAGCUUUCCUUGUUCCAUAUCUGAUAUGUGUGAUAGUCGGUGGAAUACCGUUGUUCUAUUUGGAGGUGGCAGUGGGCCAGUUUAUGGGCGUGGCCGGAAUAAAUGCAUGGAACAUUUGUCCUUUCUUCAGAGGUAUUGGUUUAUCGACUCUGAUCAUUGUGUUUUUCCUCAACUGUUACUACAACGUCAUUCUCGCCUGGGCGUUCCGUUAUUUCUUCGCCUCAUUCACCAGCGAACUGCCGUGGACAAAAUGCGACUAUGAUGACUGGGCUACGGAACAUUGUACCAAUUUUGAUGACCCCAGCCCUGACAACAGAUGUAAAUAUGACAACAACACAUUGACGGGUGUAAUGGUGAACGGUACUUGUUUAAGUAAUCAAACAGCCUUGAACUUCUUCAAUAUCACCCCAUACGAUCCGUCCACAGCGCCGUCGUACCUAGUUGAACCCGUCACAGAAUAUUGGGAAAACAAAGUGUUGGCCAUAUCUGAUGGUGUCGAUGAGAUGGGGCCAGCAAAGUGGGACUUGGUUCUAUGUCUCCUGUUCGCCUGGAUUGUCGUGUAUGCAUGUAUUUGUAAAGGAAUCCGAUCAUCAGGAAAGGUCAUGUAUGUCACCGCUACGUCACCAUACAUUUUCAUGACAGUUCUGUUAAUCAGGAACUGUCUAUUGGACGGAGCUGGGGAUGGUAUAUUGUACUAUGUCAAGCCCGAUUUCGAGAAAAUGAAAAAUACACAGGUAUGGGUGGAUGCUGGAACCCAGAUUUUCUUCUCGUAUUCCAUUUCAUUAGGCGCUCUAACAGCCCUGGGAAGCUACAACAAAUUUCAUCAUAAUUCGUACAAAGACAGCAUUAUUUUUGCCUUAGCAAACAGCGGGACUAGUAUAUUUGCCGGAUUUAUCAUAUUCUCAAUUCUUGGACACAUGGCCAAAAUUCAGGACAAAGACAUAGGAGACGUGGCCGAAGCAGGUCCAGGUUUGGCAUUCAUUGCAUAUCCGAAAGCCCUGACACUUCUUCCUGCAGCACCGUUUUGGUCGGUCAUGUUCUUCCUUAUGGUAAUACUGCUCGGCCUCGACAGUCAGUUUGUUGGUGUUGAAGGUGUGGUGACAGCCAUUGUAGACCAGUUCCCACAGUAUCUCCGGAGAGGACAUAGACGAGAAGUGUUUAUAGGAUUUGUUUGUGUUUUACAAUUCCUGGUAGGAUUGCCCAUGGUCUGCCCGGGUGGCAUGUACGUGUUCCAGCUGUUCGAUUAUUAUUCCGGAAGUAGAAUUAUUUUGUUUGUGGCAGCGUUCAUGUGUGUUGCGGUCGGAUGGUGUUACGGUGUUCGUCGUUUCUAUGACAACAUUGAAAUGAUGUACGGUUGGAGAAUUAAUCCUUACAUGGCGAUUGGAUGGACUGUUACUUCACCGAUAUUUUGUAUGACUAUCUUCGUUCUAAGUACGAUCGACUACUCGGAAUUGGACUACAGUAGACCAAAGGGGACAUACGUUUAUCCACAGUGGGCUGUUGGGAUAGGAUGGGCAAUGGCCGCGUUCGCCGCAAUCUGGAUUCCUAUUGGCUGGAUUUACCAUAUUAUAAGAUAUGGCAAAGACUGGGAAACCUUCAAGCUUUGCUUUAGGCCAAUCGGAUUGCAGGAUCACCAAAUGAGACCUCAGGAUAGAGGGGAGCGCAAUCUAGAAUCACUUACAGGCGACAAACCGUGGAUUGAUAAGGAUUUCCCUGAGCCUAAAAAGGGCCAGCCGUACCAUUUCACGGAUCAGAUGAAUGAGAAAAAUGAAACUUCAAGAUCUGAUGUGGCCGGCAGAGACAAUCCUGGCUAUGAACCAACGUUUACGAAGCUAUAGAAUUAAAUGAUCACCUUUAAAGACGACUAUAGAAAUGAAUAAUUGGGAACUUUAAAAAACAAGUGAUUCCGAUAACUUCAGAGGGCAUAAUAAUUUUUCAUACAGGAAUCAGUGAUUUGUUUGCACAACUUUUCGGAGUGCACUAUGUUUAGAUAUUGUUAUGAUAGUGUCAGGGUUUCAUUGAACACUCAAAUAUUUAGCUAUGUAAAUGAUUUUAUAAUUGACAUUUCUCACAUACAAUACUCAUUCAUGACGGUGCAAUGAAACCAUAAAUUCUCAUAUUUAACAGUCUUCCUCGCUCUGCUAUCAACUUAACUUUUGGUUAUUACUUUUUGGUACCAUCGUUUAUAAAAAUCAAAGGUUAUGUUACGUUCCAACGGGCCAAUAUCUAAAUGCAUUUGUAGAUAUUCUGUUCAUUAUUGGGCCAAUAACUUCCGUUGUCAGGCCAAAAUAUCUACACUGACUUGAUGCGAUUGCGAGCCAACAUCUUAAGAUUGAUUACAUCUAAUGUCAGGCCGAUAUCGAUCCAAUUUCAUGCCAAUACCUUGAACAUUCAACGAUUAAUCGAUACAAUAAAUACAGGUCCAAUUUACGAAUCGUUUAAGAUGGACCGAUACAUUUCGAAUAAACGAUGGGCUCCGCAUAUAUGAUACUUCGAUUGGCAUGGCUUUUGAAAUAAAAAGAAACAUUUGGGAACAGUGAUUUAUAACAAAAUAUUUGUGGGGUAUUCAUAUCAGUUCAUGUCUUCCAUAUACAAAAUCCGUUGUAAUAUAUUCUUUCGUUUAACAAAGAUUGGAUUUCUGUUAUGAUUUUACAAGAAUUUUUAUACAAAUCAGAAACAUAUAUUUUUGUAUAAUUUUACCUCUUUUUAUGUUGUAUAGAGUGUGUAAUAUAAUACGUUACUAAAUUCGCUCAAUUUAAUUUUCUUUGCAUUUUGCACAGCUCGCAGAUGUGUGUGUGUGUUUGUUUGUCUCGAUUUUUAGCAUUUCACUUUUAUGAUGAUGUCAACGUAAAGUACAUGUUUAAAUCUCAGAGUUACCAGUUUUUUAUUUCAUUUCUGACUUCAGUUUCGUCCAUUUUGUUUUUCAGCCAUCUUCACUUCCGCUACGUGUCAACGGUGUCAUAUAUAGUUUUCACUAGUUCCAAUGGAACACUAUGUGGUAUCGACAGUGUUAGCCAAAGUCGGGUUAGAUUGUUUUAAAAACGUUACAAAUAAAUUCAAUUUACAACAAUGAAGUAGUUGAGUAAUUGAGACAUUAAAAUUUGUGCAUAUUGUGUUUAAAAAAUUGAAGUUUGGUAUUACGUUGGCCAAUAAAACAAAAUUAACCUCUCGCAUCGGUCUAGUAUUUCGUCAUCUUAAAACAGAAGUACUUAAAAGAAACAAAUUCUCUA